AUGGUUGCCUUGGUUUUGACUCUCACUGCGACCUCGCAUUUCUUCAAUCUUCGUUGUUUUGUUCGGCCUGGCGCUCGAUACACGACACACCCAGCAGGUCGUAGCCAUGUGCGCUACGCUUUUCCUGGAGGAGAGAGCAUAGCAGCAGCUAUCGCCACUGGCUUUGCAGCGGUGGAGAACUUCAACAAAGUGGGGCAGUUCGCUGAUUUGAUUCAAAAGUGGUCGUCAGUGAUGCCCGGAGCAGAGUUGAAGCUCGAGGUCGACAAAAGCACCGACGAUAACGUCUUGAAGCAUGUGGAAAAACUUUGCGAAGAGAUCGUGCUUGCCGUAGACAACAACAAAACAAUUUCAGUCCUGGGGAUUAGUUCUCAGCGGCAAGCCAAUAUGGGUACGAGGGUAGUAGAUGAUACUCCAUUCCAGAAGCUGAUGACAAAAGUUCUGGCCGUCAAUCGAUCAGGGUGCACAGCUGUGCAUGCUGAGCCUGGGAUGGGCAAGUCCAUCGCAUCAUUGAGGGCACUGCCAGCUGGCAGAGUGUCCAAGAAUUACACAGUGCUGCUUGAUG